AUGAAGUUUCUCAUCCUGUCUGCUAUCAUUUUAUGUCAAGUUUUAUCUCCAACUGUGAGCUCCAUGAUCAAACUUUACAAUGGGGGAUAUGAAGACAUUGUUAUUGCAAUCAACCCGAGUGUGACAGAGGACCUGAAAAUAAUUACAAGUAUCCAGAACAUGGUUAAAGAAGCUACUUCGUAUCUUUUUACCGCAACAAAGAAAAGAGUCUUCAUCCAAAGUGUUAAAAUAUUAAUACCGUCUACUUGGAGUAACAAGAACUAUAGCAAGAGCACCACAGAAACUUAUGAUAAGGCUGAUAUAAUUGUUGCCAAUCCUUAUUCAAAAAAUGGAAAUACUCCCUACACUUUGCAAUAUGGACGCUGUGGAGAACCAGGAAAAUACAUUCAUUUUACACCAAACUUCUUACUCGAUGAUUCAUUGCUAACAGCAUAUGGACCUAGAGGACGUGUGUUUGUUCAUGAAUGGGCUCACCUUCGCUGGGGAGUUUUUGAUGAGUACAAUACAGAAACACCUUUCUACAUAUCAAGCAAAACCGAAGUAGAAGCAACAAGGUGUUCCUCACGCAUAAGUGGGCAAUACUGGAAACAAACAACUCAAUGCACAGGAAACAGAUGUUCCGCCAAAUGUGCUAAGAAUCCAGCAACAGGUCUCUAUGAAGAUGGAUGUAUUUUCUAUCCUGAUAAAAGACAAAUUGCUACUGCAUCCAUUAUGUAUAUGCAAUCAAUAAAUGACGUUACUGCUUUCUGUGAUUCCACUAAUCACAAUAACGAGGCACCAAAUCUACAAAACAGAAUGUGUAAUUACCGUAGUGCAUGGGAAGUUAUCAUGAACUCAACAGACAUGAUCUCCUCUCCACCAAGAACCAGUUACAGCAUUCCUGAACCCACUUUCACUCUGCUACAGCCUAGAAAUAGAAUCGUGACUCUUGUCCUUGACACUUCAGGAAGCAUGGGAGGUAAUAAGCGUAUAGAACGACUGUACCAGGCUGCAUCCAUAUUUCUUCUUCAAAUUAUUGAAACAGGAUCUUCUGUUGGAAUUGUCAUAUUCUCAAGCUCAGCACACAUUUCUUCACCAUUGGUGACAAUUACUAAUGACAACCAACGAGAGAAUCUAAAAUCCCUGCUUCCAACUGUUGCUUCUGGAGGGACAAACAUUUGUGCAGGGAUCCUGUCAGGUUUGACGGUAAAUAGCGGCUAUGAUGGAUCCACAUAUGGCACAGAAAUAGUUUUGUUGACUGAUGGAGAAGAUAAUUAUGAUACCACAUUGUGUUUUCCUAAUGCAACAGCCAGUGGAGCUAUAAUACAUUUUAUAGCUUUGGGACCAAGUGCAUCAAAAGCUCUUGAAGAUAUUGCCAACAUGACAGGAGGCUUGAAUUUUAAAGCAACAGAUGACCUUCAGGCUAAUGGCUUGAUUGAUGCCUUCAGUCAAAUUCAAACAAAAACUGGAGAUAAUUCCCAGCAAGUUCUCCAGCUUGAAAGCAUUGGAAAAACACUUGCCACUAAUGUCUGUUUGAAUGGAACCAUUUAUAUUGACAACACUGUGGGAAAUGACACAGUCUUUUUAAUCACGUGGCAAACUCAAGUACCUAUAAUUGAAUUAAUAGACCCGAAUGGAAAAGUAUAUACUGCUGCAGAUUUCACCAGAGAUAAUAGCACCAAAACAUCAACGCUUAAAAUCCAAGGAAUAGCUGAGAGAGGAUCAUGGGUUUACAUCCUUUGCAAUUCAUAUGCAUUAUCCCAAGUUGUAUCAAUUAUUGUGAACUCCAUGGCAACAGAUAUAAAUACUUCUCCAAUAACUGUAAAGGCUCACAUGAGUAACAACAAGAACAGUUACCCCAACCCAAUGGUUGUCUAUGCAGUAGUUCAACAAGGGUUGGUCCCGGUGACAGGAGUCAACGUUACAGCCAUAAUUGCUGCGGAUAAUGUGAAUUCAAUUACUCUGGAGCUUUUGGACAAUGGAGCAGGUGCUGAUCUUAUUAAAAAUGAUGGCAUCUACUCAAGAUAUUUCACAGCCUUUACAAUAAACGGAAGGUAUAGUUUAAAGGUCCGUGUGGAGGGUAAAGACAGCAGUGAUUAUGCCUUACCUACAAAUGGUGCUUUCUAUGUACCUGGAUAUGUAGACAAUGGUACUCUCAUUCUGAAUCCUCCAGACCCUGCAACUAAUGCUGUUAAUAUUACAAGCAUCCCCGUGGGAGACUUUAGCAGGAUAGUUUCUGGUGGCUCAUUUGUGGUCUCUGAUGUUCCUGCCGUUAUCCCAGGAGACAUCUACAGACCAGACAAGAUAACAGACUUGAUGGGACAAAUAAUUAAUUAUACAGUUGUUUUAUCCUGGACAGCAACUGGAGAUGACUUGGACCAAGGGAGCGCUUCUAGUUACGUCUUGCGAAUGAGUACUGAUCCAAGUGAGCUACUGAACAACUUUUCCAAUGCCACCUCAGUUAAUGUUUCCAGUCUGAUUCCGCGCAUAGCUGGGUCCAGGGAAAUGUUUACAUUUGUACCAGACAAUGUUACUAUAGAAAAUGGAACUAUACUAUAUUUUUCUAUAAUUGCAGUAGAUAAAGUAUCCCAGCAGUCUGAUGUGUCUAACAUAGCACAAGCAGCAUUGCUUAUACCACCUAUAGAACCUACUACGACACCGUCACCAACAACUACAAGCAACAACAACAUUCAGAGCAAUAACAACAACAUCCAGAACAACAGCAACAUCCAGAGCAGCAACAUCCAGAGCAACAACAACAACAUCCAGAGCAACAACAACAUUCAAAGCAACAACAUCCAGAACAACAGAAACAUCUAA